AUGCGGCCGGGCCUGGCGCUGGCGGCGGGGCUGGCGCUGGCCGUGGCGCUGGCGGUGUGGCGGCGGCGGCGGCGGCCCGUGCGGGAGGUGCUGUUCUUCCCCUCGCAGCCCAGCUGCACCGAGGAGCUGCUGGCCGAGGCGGCGCAGCCCGGAGUGCCGGCCCGGCCCUGCCUCUGCCCGCUGCCGCGCCGUGACAGCUCCUUCACCCGCCUCCUGCGGCACCUGCUCGGCGCCCGCCGCUCCCUCGACGUCUGCCUCUUCGCCUUCUCCUGCCCGCAGCUGGGAUACGCCGUGCAGCUCCUCCACCGCCGCGGCGUCCGCGUCCGCGUCGUCACCGACGAGCUGAACAUGGGGUCGGGGGGCUCCCAGAUCGGCUUCCUGCGGCGCGCCGGGAUCCAGGUGCGCCACAACCAGGACGGUUACAUGCACCACAAGUUCGCGAUCGUGGACGGGACGCUGCUCAUCACCGGCUCCCUCAACUGGACCACCCAAGCUGUCCAGAACAACUGGGAGAAUGUGCUGGUGGUGGACGACGUCAAGUUUGUGAAGCCUUUUCAGGAUGAGUUUGAAAGGAUUUGGGAAGAAUGCAAUCCUGUCAACUACAGCUUUCUUUCCAAAGACAAAUGAUUGAGCAGCCUCACAGGGCUGGUGGAAGACUUAACCGAGAGCACUCAUGGAUUUGUUAUGUGCAGACGGCACUGUGCUAUCCAUUUGGGUGCAGUUUAGGUCAGCUCCUGCAGAGGAGCAAAGUGUUUGCUACCCUGAAGUGGCACGGGUUCCCUGAUGUGGGGCAUUCCCAUGGUAGAGUGAAUGAUCCAACUAUUUGCCAAGUUGUUUUGUGAGUCUAACUGUGAUAUGACUGUGUUCACAGAGCUUAGAAUGGCUCAUUGCAAUGCCCCAGCACAGACCAGAUACGUUCAUACGGUGCUGGGCUGGUGUUUCCAGGGUGAGAUGAGCAUUUUCCAACUUGGGAGCAUGCAGAAUGGAACUGUAGCUCAAUGGCUCUGUUACUUCAGUAAAGUUGAGGGCUACAGCAAAGCUAGAGUUUGUAUAGAGAGAUUAGGCGUUUUAGUUACGUUUCUUGUUGGUGUUAAUGGUUGAAGGUUUGUAAAAGGUGAUUAGUGGGCAAUAGGAAGGCAGAACUGAGAAGCACGUUUUGAUUGUGUACAGGUUUCCUUUGGUGUAAGAUCAGCAGAGCUCCACCAUAGAAGCCUGAGGACAGAUACCAGUGACAGCUCCUCUUCCAGCAGGCAGGUGGAGGGAAGGAGCUCAGGAAAGAAAGGAGAGAAGCCGUUGGGCUCAGGCUGUUGUGUCUUGAGAGCAGGCACGACUGGAGUUCAGUCACUGACUUCAAAGGGGAGCAGUGGCAGGACACCAUGUCCUGGCCACAUUCGGAUGCUGUGUUGGCAGCAGCACGUGGGGGACAGGGAGUGAAGAGGGAGGAGGAGGUAAGAUCUCUUGUUCCUACAGUUCAGGGUGGAAGAAAGACAGGAACAGACUCCGGAAUUUCAGGACUCAGCAGUGUCUGUGUAAGAAUUACUUUGUACUGAAUAUAAAUGGCCUCAAAAUGGAGAGAGGUCUCAACAUUUUGUUACCAGUUUUGCUGCGAUUGGCACU